GCUAACAUCAAAUAUACGUCAAAAUUUAUUAUUAAACUUUAAAUCUGAUGACUAUUAAUAAAAAUGUCAAAAAUAUUUCCAGUAUUUUCGAUUUUAAGGAGAAAUAUGGGGUUUAUUAACUGCCGUUCGGAAUAUUGGUUAGAUCGGGUUGGCAAUAGAGAAAUGGUAGGUUUUGGCAUGAACGGCUUGCCAAUGUAUGUCGAUCAUCCCCAUUUCCCGUUUCCAGCUCUUAGAUACAAAGAGAUCACUCCUGAAUUACAAGCAUUGUUCCUCAGGCAAAAAGGGGAUUGGAAACGACUAAGUAGAGAACAGAAAAAAGAAUUGUAUAGAGCUAAUUUCUGCCAAACUUUUGAAGAAUUUACUGCACCUAGAGGCGGCGAAUGGAUGGGUGUCAUCGGUUCAGGUCUAAUUCUUAUUUCUGCUGGAAUCUGGCUAUACAUUUUCUACUUACUCUUCGUAAGACAUAACGACCCUUUGCCAGUAACUUUUAUGCCUAGCCGAAACCGGGCUCAAUUGAGGAGAAGAAUCGAUAUGAGGGAAGAUCCUAUAUUUGGACUGGCGUCCAACUGGGAUUAUCGGAAAAUGGAUUGGAAGGUUAAAACAUGGCUCACCCCUGAUAAUCCUUUCAUUAAAUGUCCAGAAGAUGGUGAAGGUGAAGAGUAAACUAUUAUACAUACUAUUUAACAUAAAUAACAAAAUAAAAUACCUUUACCUAUAUUUAAUAAUAAAAACUAAGUUUUGUACUUAAAAUAA